AUGGCAUCAGCAGCCGAUCAUAUCUCCACCCCAACUUCGUCAAGGGAAUCACUUUCAGGAACGUCGACUGUAGUUUCUACCACGCCGUCUCCAUUGGCAGGGACAAGCGAGCUCCUCGAAUAUGUUCUUCCGGAAACACCCUCGCCUUGUGCGAGCAAGCUGGUCAGGCGCGCCCACAAGCAUGCCUCUCAAAGCCAAAGGGCUAUCCCGUAUAAUCGAAUAACUAAGGAGUUUGCUCGGCUGAACCGGUCGCCUAAAUUUGCAGAGCUUAUUCAGAAGGCUUGUGGUGAGAUAUCGCCUAGGGAAACGAAGGAGGCUGUUAGGGGGGUUCCAAAUGAACCAAGCAAUGAGGACAACGAGCACUCAGGGGGAAAAGAAGACCAUCACCAAGAGACCGACGGGCGACAGCCGAUGCUGCCAGAGAAAUCUACGGCAGACGAUGCACAUUCUUCAGAAUCAGCGAGAUCACCGCCACCGUCACCACCAUCGCCGUCACCACCGCCGUCGUUUACCCCCAAGCGCCGCACGAUACAAGAGAUAUUUUACGAUAUGGAAAAGGUAAUGAGAAACUCCUACAAAGCCGAAAUGGGACACGCAUACAUUCUCUACGACGAUCUGAACCAAGACCCCACAUUCAAGCUGGGCUCAUCUACGCAAAUCCCCCAGCGAAUGAAAUCCCAUAAACUCAAAUGUCGCCCUUCAUGGCGCUCUAUCCAACGACCUGCCGGGAUUAUCCUGGCCCCCAUGCGCCUCGAACGUCUGGCGCAAAAAGAGCUGCAGAACUUCAAGUGUGAUGUGCAGUGCCACUGUGGUACCGGACACACUGAAUACUUCUGGGGCUCAAAGGAUGUUGGAGUUGAGGUGCUUGACUUUUGGUCUGAGUGGCUGCAAGGCAAAGGCAAGGGAGAGCUGAAAGAUCUGGAGCCUUACGACCGCAGCGGCAGACUCAAGGACUUCUGGACAGAUCGACUAGAUUUGUUCCAGGCCUCAAUCAACGAGUACUUCAGAUGCGGCGAUUCUCAAUGCGCGGAGAGUCAGGAAGACGCACGCGCCUGCCAGGCCUGCCUGCGAGCAGGAUGGAAAAGAUGGGCAGAGCCAACACGCGCCGACGAGCUCAAAUACGCCUGUCGAAUGAGCAUUUCAUCUACAACAAUCCGGCGCAUAAUCCAGAGCACCACCAGCCGCAGUAUCUUUGGAAUAUCCUUUCUGAUGUUUAUCGUCUCUCUGAUCAGUCACACAGUCUCCGCGUGGCAAUGGAUAUCCGACCCGCGUGUUUUUCUCUGGGUCAUACCACUGAGGUUAGGGAGUAGCUGGAUUGGGCCCGGAGGCCGAUUACCUGAUCUAGCCUCUCCCAGGCUUCUAUGGAUUCUUGAUAUGACACUUAUCAUAGUUUGCAUUUAUACUCGACUUCAACAAGAUGGUGCUGCUCGUUUCACGUUUCUCGUUCCACAUCCGAGUCCGAAUCCAAGCCCGGGGUUCAAAAAAGCUAAGGGGAAGAAGCGGCCAAGUUUGGACGCAGGAGAUACCCUUGAGCAAGAAGGUGAGGUUGAAGAUCCUGCAGUUGGUGAUGUCGAGUCCAGUAAUGGGCGGAUUAUGAAAGACAGCCAGUCUGAGUUAGGGGGACACUUAGAAUGUAAUGCAAUAGGACGUUCAUGA